GGGUUCGUUUCACAGAAAACGAAAAUGAAACCGAUAAUAAACACUGGCGAAGACGAAGGUAGUUUCCAUUAACUCGUGGAAGAUGGCCGAAGAGGGUGUUUAUCCAUAUCCUCUAGUAGUCGAGGGCGAAUGGGAUCCGGACGUCGCUAAACUUUUGAAAAAUAAACUGCACAUUUAUUUCCAAAGUAAGAAGAGGUCGAACGGUGGAGAGUGUAUCGUGGAGUAUGACGGUGCGGCCUCAAACCAAGCAGUGGUGCGCUUCGCAAGUGAGGAAGCAAGAUGCAAUGUACUGGAGAAAAAAACUCAUCAGAUUGAUCUGCAAAAGAGAGGCGUUAUUAGUUUCACUGUCAAACUUCCAUCUCAGGCAGCUGCAGAAAGGGACGGGAUAGCAGCAUCACAACAGACUCCAGAACAAAAUAGUAUGGUUUGCAGAGGAAACCAACCCACUACAGGAAAAGAAAAAUUGUCUGAGCAAAACCUUCUAGAUGAACAGAAAACAAUUACUGUAAUACUAUCCAGUAGCAUCAUAAGUGAUGAGCAUCUCCGAAAAUAUUUUGAAAAUUUCAACACUGGUGGUGGGCCCCUACCAUACUUCAUCCGCGAGGACAGAAAUCUAAUAGUGUCCUUUGAAAGCAUUGAAGAUACUCAAGCAGUGUUGAGACAAAGAGCCCAUUCUGUGGAGAAUAUUGAAUUAACAGUGAAGAGAUUUCAUCGUAAAAGGAGUAACACUUCUCUACAAUCCUCUGCUGUGGUGCUACAAAAUCUUCCUAAAGAUGUCACAUAUGAGGUUUUAGUUCUGCUCGUUGAAAACUUUACUAAUUUAGAUGAAGCAAAUGGCAAAUUCAGUAUGGAAAUAUUAACUGAAAUUGAUGCAGCUGUCAUUACCUUCAAAACUGACAUUGACCUCUCUGAAUUUAUUCGAAAAUGUUCCAGAAAAGUUCUCCAUAACAAAAAAAUUGGAGCAAAGGUACUGGAAAAAACUAGGAGCUUACAAGUGGAGAACCUACCUUCUAACAUGACUGAAGAUUAUCUGAAACUAUACUUUGAAAGUGCUAAAAAUGGAAGUGGAGUUGUAAGCUCUGUUGAAAUAACACUGGAGCACAAUAUGGCUGUGAUUUCUUUUGAAGAUUCUGAAGUUCUGGAUACCAUUCUGUCUCAAGCACACAUGAUUGAUAAAACCCCAGUUUAUGUCUAUCCAUAUUAUAAGACGCUGGGUUCAGCUUUAUAUGGGAACAAAAGACCAGUGGUGAAAAUGCCUGAUCCCUUCAUGGUCGAAAUUGAUUGCUACAUUCUGCAGUUUCUUAAAAGUGAUGAAAGGCGAAUUGCAGAAAUCAGUGAUGAAAUGUCAUCAUGUUACUGUGAUAUUGCAUUCCCAGAAUUGGGCCAAUCAAACUCAAUCAAGAUUUCCCCAACAUUUUCAAGACAUCAGAGUUCAUUUGAGAAACUUGCAAAGAACUGGAAAAGGAAAGCUUCAGAUAAUUUAACUCAUAUUCUGUCAAAGUACAAAACUAUUAAAAAUGAUGUGAAUAAAUCAGUUUGGGAAAUAAUUAAGAAUGAUUUUGAUCAAUAUUUGAACCAAAAUGUUAUUCUUAUACCAGAAAUUUCAAAGGGAGAAUUAAUAGUCACCGGAACAACUGACAGUGUAGACAUUCUUCAACAAACAUUCAAUUCGGUUGUGAAUGACACUAUUGAAAAAUUAGACAGGGAAAAACAAAGUGUGUAUGAGACAGUGGCAAUUUACCCUGCUAAACAUUAUCUAUUAUUAAAAGAUGGUCUUGAAAGCAGCAUUUCCAAACAAUUUCCAAACCUUACCAUGAACUACAACUCAGUUGCAAACAAGUUAACAUUAUAUGGUUUACCUUCAGAUGUUUAUGUUGCCAAAAGCAAAAUAUUAGAAAAAAUUAUUCAUAUGAAGGAAAAGCAAGUUCAUCUGGACCCUUGUCUUAUGAACUUUCUACAAAAAGUAAGCUGUGAAGAAGUUACCUCCAACCUUUUUACAUUAAGUGGACUCAGUGCUGCGUGUGACAUUCAGGACAACUCUGCUGUGGUGAUAGGAAGUUCAGACAAUAUUUUGUGUAAAGCAGAAAAGCAAAUCAGAAGGCAUCUCACUUUCAAUUGUAUUGAAAUACAAGAUGAAAGCGUCAUUAGAAAGAAUGAAUGGAGAGAUUUAAAAGAAAAAUUGGACAGAAGGUUGAAUUCUCAAAGGAAACGGGUUGAAAUUGAAGAGAGAACACCAGACAAGCAUGUGCACAUUAUUAUCUCUGGCUAUUCUGAUGCUGUGGGGGAAGUAUUUGAAAAGCUCAGUGAUUUUGUCAAAAAGAACACAAUCAUUCAAAGAAACAUUCCAUUUAAUUCUCGUGGAGUGCUGCAGUUUUUGAUGGCCUUCGAUGAAAUCAAAAUUUUACAAUCAACAAUUCCAGGUGUUCAAAUAGAAGUUAAUGACGGGGAAAAUCAUGCAAGUGUUUCAGUCACUGGUCCUGAAGAGAAUGUCUGUCAGGUGGAGAAUACUCUUUCAAAUGCAGCUUCCAAAAUAGCUAGGAGAGUGUUGAAAAUUACCACACCAGGAACAAAGCAAUUAUACAAAGAAAAAGCAGAAGCAUACGAUACCAUGGCAAAGUGUAAGUUUAAAUGUAUUGUAAGACUUAUUGAGCACAUGGAAGGUAAUAAUGACUUAAGCCAGUUUUCCUGUAAAGUACAAUUGCCCAAUGGGCCUGUGAUUGCUGCUUAUAAAGGAGACCUGUGCAAGACUCGUGUUGAUGUGGUUGUCAAUGCUGCAAAUGAAGAUCUAAAGCACAUUGGAGGCCUUGCAAAAGCUCUGUUAGAUGCAGCUGGUGCAGUGCUGCAAAAUGAGUGUGACUGGAUUGUUAACCAACGAGGAUCUCUUAUGCCUGGUGAAGCAGUUAUUACUGAAGCUGGUAGGCUACCAUGUUCCAGAGUGAUCCAUGCAGUUGGUCCAAGAUGGAGAGAUACUGACCCAAACACAGCUAAAAAUAGAUUAAGAAAUGCUGUGAGGGAGAGUCUAUAUCUAGCAGAAGCUUAUAACUUUAAGUCUAUGGCAAUCCCUGCUAUUAGUUCAGGAAUAUUUGGGUUUCCACUGGAUUUAUGUGCUGAAGUAAUUGUCACAACAAUCAGAGAACACUAUGCGAACUUACGUGGAGAGAGUACACUGAAAGAGAUCCACUUGGUAAAUCAUGAUGAUAAGACCGUCCGUGCCGUAUUGGAUGCUGUUCAGAAAACCUUUGGUGACCUGACAAGUAGUUCACCUUUAUGGCAUGAAAGGCUUGCCUCUGGUAACAUGAGAAACAGAAGAAUUAAAUGUCUCCAUGAAGCCCAAACUAAAGAAGGUCUAAACAUCCUUGUUGUCAAAGGGAAUAUUCAAGAUAUUACAGCUGCCGUCAUUGUCAAUGUCAUUGGAAUGGAUCUAAAGCUCUCUUCGGGUGCAGUUUCCAAAGCAAUAUUAGAGAAAGCUGGCCCAGAACUCGAACAAUUACUGCAAAAUGAAAGGCGGAGAAAAGAACCUUUAAUGGGAAACAUAUAUGAAACAAAAGGAUGUAAUCUUGACUGUAAUGAAGUGUAUCAUGCUAUUGUUCCUCAGUGGGAAUCAGGAAACUCGAAUGCAGCAAAGGUCUUGAAAGGCAUAAUCAAAGAUUGUCUGAAGAACACAGAAGGGUCACAGCAGGAUUCCAUCGCAUUCCCAGCAAUUGGAACUGGCAAAUUAUUUUUCCCAAAGGAUGUUGUUGCAAACAUUAUGUUUAAGGUAGUUCUGAAGUUCAGUACUGAAAGACGGUCAGCAAAUCUUAAGACUGUUUACUUUGUGGUACAUCCUGAUGAUCAUCCUAUUGCUCAGGCAAUGUCUUCUGAAUUCCAAAGAGCUUUCACAAAGCAGCCAGAAACUGCAGUUCCCAUUGAACAGCCAAAACCCACAGGUCUUUUGUUUGGAAAAAUGUCUUCUCCUACACCUGAUCAGGCUGAAAUGCAAGUAGGACCAAUUUUACUACAAGUCGUAUCAGGAGACAUAACAGAGGAGACAACAGAUGCCAUUGUUAACUCAUCAAAUAAAACAUUUACACUAAAAUCAGGUGUGUCCAAGGCAAUUUUAGAUGCUGCUGGUCCAACUGUGCAAGCUGAGUGCCAACUAAAAGGCUUACAAGCAAACAGUACAAUAAUAAUAACAAAUCCAGGAAAGCUACGGUGUCAAAGUAUAAUUCAUAUGAUUGGACAAACAGAUCCAAAUCAAAUCAAAGCUGCUGUUGGUGUAGUUCUUCAGGCAUGUGAACAACAACAUUUCUCUUCGGUUGCUUUCCCUGCCGUUGGAACAGGACAAGGACGGCUCAACCCUUCCCAGGUUGCUGAUGCAAUGAUUGAUUCAGUCAUUGAGUUUAUAAAGAAGAAACCUUCGCCUUCCUUGCAGAAGAUUCGCAUCGUAAUUUUUCAACCUCAAAUGUUAAGUGCAUUUCAUAGCAGCAUGAAAAAGCGUGAAGAAUCUAAUUUUCCAGAAAAUGGAUCUAUGCUGAAAAGAUUUACACAUGCAGUUACAUCAGUCUUGUUUGGGGAACCUAAGAAAGAGAAUAAAGAAUCCUUUGCUGAAGACAAUAUUGAAUUCAAAGAUGAGAUUGAGCCAGCUCAUUUUGAGGUCUGUGGAAUUAGUAUGCAAACAGUUGAAAAUACUAUAUCCUGGAUGGAAAAGUUACUUUCAGAGGAGCAGCGUGAAGAAGUCAUCACUAGUAGCUGUCUGUUUGAAUUUUCUGAAAAAGAAUAUAAAGAAUUAAAUCGUCUUCAGAAAAGUCUGCAAAUAAUAUUGGUACUACAACGCAACCGAUCUGGAGCUCAGAUCAAAAUCUGUGGUCCCACAAAUGGUGUUCUGACUGCCUUUUCUAAAAUUCAGGAGAUGAUUGAGUGCUUCAGAGAAAAGGAAUCUGAAAGAAGAAAUGAGGAACUUACCAAAAAUUUGGUUGAAUGGCAGUUUCAAGAUGGCACUCAAUUCAUACCAUUUGACAGUGCUACAAACCUCAAACUGGAACGGGCAGUCAUUAAAGGCAUGCCUUCAGUUACUAUUGAAUUUUGCAGCAAGCAAUGUGAGGUGGAUUUGAGAAAGUUUACUGCAAAGGUCCAUGGAAGAAAUACAAUGAAUUUGAAAAGGAUUUCAAAAACUGAAGGAACUAUUAGCCUUCCAACGCAUUGGGAUGACAUGCAAAACUUACAAUAUAAAUCUGUGGAGCUGCAAAAGCAAUCCAAAGAAUAUCAGGAUGUAGAACAAUCAUUCAAAGCAUCAAUCCAUCAGCAUCAGAUUGACAAGAUUGUAAGAAUUCAAAACCCAUGUCUUUGGAAGAAUUAUAUGAUAAAGAAACAAUUGCUGGAUGACAAAAAUCCACCUAGAACUAAUAAUGAAAGGAAUUUAUUCCAUGGAACAGCACCAGACACACUCGAUUCAAUCAGCCAUCUUGGAUUCAACCGGAGCUACGCAGGAAGGAAUGCUACAAUGUAUGGGAAUGGCACCUAUUUUGCCGUAAAUGCAAGUUAUUCUGCUAGCAGCACAUAUUCAAAACCUGACGUUAAUGGAAUGAAGUACAUGUAUCGUGCUCGAGUACUUACUGGAGUCUACUGUAAAGGACAAGGUGGAAUGGUCACACCCCCUUCAAAAAAUCCAAGUGAUCCAACAGACUUGUAUGACAGCACUGUAGACAACACAUCAAAUCCUUCCAUGUUCCUUAUUUUCAAUGACACUCAAGCUUACCCAGAAUACUUAAUUACUUUUAAGUAACUGAAUUAUUUCAGAUAUAAAACAUCAUAUUAGAACUCAAUUUUCUGAAAUUCUUACAGGUCAUAAAUACAAUUCCAAUGUUGAAAUCAGAGCUUUUGAUUUUGAAUAAUAAUUUUGAAUAACUAAUGAAAAGGCUGAUAGUCCUACAGCACUGCUGUUUCAUGUCUAAGAUACACUUUCAAUUCUAGAUCAUAUUGAGAGGGUGAGAUCAUAUCUCCUACAUUGCUUGGCAUAAAUGCAAUAUCCCCAAUGCUAGCUUCAUCUUGGGAUAUCCUUGCAUAGACAUAAAGCAAAUGCAUGUUAGAAAUGUAUGCUGUAAAUGAUAAGCAUGCAUUAAAUCAGGCAAAUAGAAUGUGUAUUGCCGAUAGCGUGUAUGCUUUUCUAUUGAUCUAAUUGUUUUCAUUGAUGGGAUGUAUUGCCCAUCCCUAGUUGCUGCAGAACUGAGAGACAAUUACAAGUCAACCACUGUGAUGGGUUUGGAGUCACAUACAUAUCAGACCAGAUGAAAUUUAACAGCAAUCUGGCAGUUUCACAGUUACUGUUCCUGAUUGAAGCUUUUUAUUACAAACAUAUUUAAUCACUUGAAUUUCAAUUCCCCAACAUGCUAGGAUUCACAAAAAAAAUACAUGGCAGGGUAUCUUAUUUAGGAUGGAGUAAGCAGAGGUAAAUCCCGACUUUAUACUGAACCAAACUGUUAGAUGCAACAUCUGAAGAGAGUUCUUCUUCGGAGAAUCAAGUCCACAACAUCAGACUCAUUGAUUGAGCUGCUGCUGUCAAAAACAAAACUUUGCAUCUUUAGGAGGAGGGUGUCAAAUCUCAAUCUGUACUCCUUUUCUAUUCUCUUCCUGGAUUAAGCUGCACACUUGGGUUUUGCCAAGCCAAUCUUUGCUGUUGCUUUAAUCUGCCCAUUUUUCUAUGUUUUCUGAGUUUUUCAUUUAUCCACUGACCAGUUGAUUUUCAGUAGUUUAUAACACUCUAAAAAUGAAAAAGGCACAAUUUUAUUGUACUAAAUUCUUUAAAUGACAUUUAUUUGUUACAACUAUUCAAAUGUUUCAUUAAUAAGUAAACCUUUCUACUUCAUAAUCUUCACCCAGAAAAUCGUGUAUUUUUCUUUAGUUAAUGAGUGGAAUUGUUUAAAAGUAUGUGCCUUGUAUAAAGCACUUUGUUUAAACAGGGAUUAUUAAUCCUCCUUGACAGAUGCUUUAACCAAGCCUUUAACCAGUUUGUUUAUCUUAUUGUCAUAUUUGAAUGCAUGCCUUUCUAUGUAUACUUUAACAGUUUCAAGAAACUCAUUAAAACAGUACAAAUAUAAUCAGUUGUCAAAUGGAACA